AUGUCCGGUCAAGACAAUUAUCCAAAUAAAUACAGUGAGUUACGAAGUAUCUGUAAAUACUACAUCGACUCAUACAAUGCGUUGUAUCAGCUAAAAACGGAAAAUGAAGAAAAAUUAAAGUCGAUUUACAAAAAUAUUAAAACAGAGUUGAUUGAGUCAAGGAAAUAUCCACCCCAAAUUAUAAUAAAAGAUAUUUUAAAUAUCAUUCCGAAUAAUAAUCGCUAUACAAAGUCAUAUUUAUUUCUUGCCAAACUCAUAUCUGAUGAUUAUCAUGUGAGAACGGCCAAAAAUGUUAAACUUAUUUCAAACUUCUUGUUUUAUAAAGAAUAUGGAAUUCGAUUAAACACGUUUGAUGAUUUCAGAAAUCUUAAGUCACAAAAUCUCAAUAUUCAUACAGAAGAUACUAUUUAUAGAGCAAUAAUGUAUAAUGACAAAGAAAGAUUCAUUUCAUUCAUUGAAACAGAAGGAUUUGAUAAAAAUCAAACACUUAAAAGUGAAUUAUAUCCAAAAACUUACUUCGGUCUAUCAUUCCUUGAACUAUGUUGUUACCACGGAGCAGUUGAUUGUUUCAAAUUAUUAAGAACUAAAUUUAACUCAGAAAUAACUCAAACAUCUCUAAAAUUUUCAUUUUUAGGAGGAAAUCCAGAGAUCAUGAGUGAAUGCUUGAAAUAUCAGAAACCAGAUAGAAUUUGCAUGGGAUAUGCAAUUAUUUCACAUAAUAUUGAUUUUGUUACAUUCUUGAUGAAUGAAUACAAUAUAGAAAUCGAUUUAUCAUUUUGCGGAUGGCAUAAUAAUCUUGAAUCAUUUUUAGUUUAUUUCGAUCAAAUUAAUGAUAUUAACAACUGUUUUGUUAAUUCUAUUAUAUAUAAUGUAUCAUUCCUAUGCAAAUAUUUCCUUUCACUCGGUGCAAAUAUCAAUGAAAGAGAUUUUCUUCUUCAUCAUGCAGCAUUUCUUAAUAAUAGAGUAACAGCCGAAAUUCUAAUUUCUCAUGGCAUAAGCAUCAAUGAAAAAGAUAAUCAUGGGGAAACAGCUCUUCAUAAGGCAGCAGAAAAUAAUUGUAAAGAAACAGCCGAGUUUCUUAUUUCACUUGGUGCAAAUAUCAAUGAAAAAAAUGAUAGUAGAGAAACGGCUCUUCAUAAGGCAGCAGAAAAUAAUUGUAAAGAAACAGCUGAACUUCUUAUUUCACAUGGUGCAAAUAUCAAUAGAAAAGAUUUUCUUGAAGAUACCUUACUUGAAAUUGCAGCAUUGAAUAAUUGUAUAGAAACAGCCGAACUUCUUAUUUCACUUGGUGCAUAUAUCAAUGAAAAAGAUGCUCAUGGAGAUACAGCUCUUCAUAUGGCAGCAUGUAAUAAUUGUAUAGAAACAGCCGAACUUCUUAUUUCACAUGGUGCAGAUAUCAAUGAAAAAAAUGAUCAUGGAGAAACCGCCCUUCAUAAUGCAGCAGAAUAUAAUAGUAAAGAAACAGCUGAAAUUCUUAUUUCACAUGGUGCAUAUAUCAAUGAAAAAGAUAAUCAUGGAGAAACAGCUCUUCAUAAGGCAGUAGAAAAUAAUUGUAAAGAAAUAACAGAACUGUUUAUUUCACAUGGUGUAAAUAUCAAUGAAAAAGAUGAAUAUGGAGAAACAGCUCUUCAUAAGGCAGUAGAAAAAAUUGUAAAGAAAUAG